GUCGCCAGCCUGGUGUGCGCCGUACUCAUGCCCAGCUGUAACGAAAGCGCCUCAAGACAGCAGCUGCCCUGCCGGUCGUGGUGCGAGGAGGUCCGGGCGUCUUGUCUCGGGAACGGGUCUUGGCCGGAAGUUCUGUCUUGCGACAUUUUCCCGCAUUCGGACUGUUACAACAUCGCGGAAUUGACGACAGAGGAUACAGGCAUCCAGUGCUUCCACGGGAGCGGGACAAACUACCGAGGGGAGGUGAGCAGAAGUCGGUCCGGGGCCGAGUGCCUCCGGUGGGACAUAGACGAGAAUAAGUACUACAUCACCCAGUACCCCUGGGCGAACCUCGAGGAGAACUACUGCCGUAAUCCCGACCCGCUGCGCAGGUGGUUCAUGCCAUGGUGCUAUACUAGAGACGGGCCGGAGCCGUGCGAUGUCGUUCCAUGUAAUGAUAGAGGCUGUCUUGAUCCAGGAAAACCUGAGUUCGGUCAGAGGAGGCCGCUGCUGAACUUCUACCCGCUUGGCGAGUGGAUCACCUUCAUCUGUGACAAAGGCUACAUCGUCCAGGACGACAGUCUCCUGAACAGGGCACAGUGUGUCAGCAACGGUACAGGAUUGAUCGGACGGUGGUCUCCCUCAGGGGUACCCAAUUGUGCAGUGGACCACCAUGCACGAUUAGUGAACGAUCUGCUGAGUCCUGACGUGUACAACAAAGCCUUACCUCCGAGCCGGUUCAGUCGUCUGGACUUCCAGGCAUACAUCGUCAACGUCGUCAACUUGACGUGGAAAGACAGACGCUUAAUCUGGCACACAGGAGACUAUGGUGGCAUCACGGACAUUUCUAUCGCCGCCAGCCUUCUUUGGAUGCCCAGCCUCAUACUGAAAACAAAUGCGGACACACAGUACGGGGGGUUUCCCGAAGUGGAGCUGAGAGUGGACAACACCGGCGCGGUCCACUGGACAGUCGAGACGCUGACCACCACGACAUGUGAGCUGGACCCGUACCUGUUCCCUCAGGACAACAUGACCUGCGCCAUCUGCUGGACGGCAGGAGAAAACUACCAGAUGGGCUGUUCUCAGCCAAUGAAGACCGACGACCCAAACUUCCUGACGUGCACCAACACCACCGAACCCAUCAAGUACGGAGAGUGGGGCGGCCACGUCACCCUGUCUGCUGACAACAGGGACGCCUGCCUCGUCAUCGAGCUUCAGCGGGACCCCCGGUACCACCUGGCCACAACCAUCUCCCCCUGCAUCAUCCUGGUAAUACUGAUGAUUAUAACGUUCCUACUGCCCAUCGAGAAAGGGGACCGCAUCUCGUUCAGCGUCACCGUCAUGCUGUCCAUGGUCGUGUCGCUGGUCGUCGUCACCGGGUUCCUGCCUGUCAACGGGACACUGCCCUUCAUCGCUAUCCUGAUCAUUGUGUCCAUGGGAAUGAUGGGGAUCUUCACGCUGACAACCCUCCUGGUUCUGAGCAUCCAUAACAAGAAGGGCACCCUGCCUGCCUGGGCACGGACACUGUUCCUGCGCUACCUCGCAAUUGCUGUGUUCAAGGGAGACCUUACGAAGAAUCUAAACGACGACAACGAUGAUGCAUUUGGCAGUGUUGCCAGUGACGGCGUCUACAAAAAGAAGAAGGGCAGGUUUGGUUCCUAUGUAAACGAAGCCUUUGAACAGCAUUCUCCAAAGUCCCCAUCCAUGAAGAUGAAACCGAAUUUUGAAGCUGGGGCUGCCAUGUCCCACCUGGAGGCCAGUAUCAACAGGCUCGCUGUCAGCAUUGAUGCUUUAGCACAGGCGACAAGUGGUUGUAAGGAUGAUGAUGAUGAAAUGACAGAUUAUGCUUUGUUGGCUCAUGUUCUGGAUAGGCUGUUCCUCCUGUUGUAUGUUGUGGGGAUCAUCAUCGCGGUCCCUUGUACCCUGUACUUUGGUCGCAUAUAGGCCAUUUUCAUG